AUGGAAGAAUUCCAGCAUGAGCUGCUCACUCUUAUUGGGGGUCUGAUCUGCUUCUGUACUCUGGUAAAAUGCAUCAGAUUUAUGAAAUACGUUUUCCCACAUAUCUGGAGUGGUUUGCCUCAGACUUUCUUUCGGUCGCUGGGAGAAUGGGCAGUGGUCACAGGAGCAGGAGAUGGGCUUGGAAAAGCAUAUUCCUUUGAGCUGGCAAAACGUGGGUUAAAUAUAGUUAUGAUAAGCAGAACUCUCGAAAAACUGCAGAGGGUAGCCUCUGAAAUUGAGCAGGCCACAGGUCAAAAGGUGAAGGUUAUACAAGCUGAUUUCACUAAAAAUUCAGUAUAUGACAACAUUGAAAAAUGUCUGCAAGGCUUGGAUGUUGGUGUUCUGGUUAACAAUGUUGGAAUGCUUCAUAAUCCUCUUCCAUGCCGUUUCCUUAACGGACCAGACAUAGAUGAGAACCUCGUCAACUGUAACAUUAUUUCUGUUAUAAAGAUGACAAAAAUAAUUUUGAAACAGAUGGAGCCAAGACAGAAAGGUCUUAUUCUGAAUCUGUCCUCUGGUCUGGGUACUUUCCCUUGUCCUUUAUACACAAUGUACUCAGCUUCUAAG